AAGUUUUGGGCGAAGAGGGAAAGACACACGUUUUAAUCCACCCUCAGACACGGAAGCUCACUGGGUGACUUAGAAUCAGCCACUUUCAGACCAGCUUACUUCUGGGAAAAAAUAGGAAGAAAAAGCCAUUACAUAUGCCAUUUUGAACCCCUGUGCAAAAGAUGGACUACCAAUCAAAUAAAUAAAUUUCUGUAUUGUGGCCAAGAAAUAAAUAAAUAAAUUGCCGUAUUGUGUCCACGUAUUCUCCAGGAGGCAAGCUUGCUAAGGGGAUCUUCACCUUUGCCUACUCAAACUAAGGUUCCAAGUUCUUAAUCUUAUCAUCCAAAAAUACCAUCGAGCGUUCCUAUAAGUAGAAUGGCAGCAUAUAAAUAAUAACUUACUGACGUCUGCGCAAAGUUGAUAAUGAUUUUGAAGACCACAAUUGCCCACUGUUUUUGUCCAAUGCUCCACAUCUUCUGCCUUUUCAGUCCACCAGAUAUAUUUAGAGCUUCAAGGAUGUUUGCCAGACGUGUUUAGAGCUUCAAGGAAUUUUGAGAAUUCAUAAAGAAUUUUGCAAAGGAGAAAGGAAAAAUGGAAUUUGUUUCCAAGCAACUGUAUUUAGACAGAGCACAGCAGAUAUGUGGUUCAGUCUAAGAGGAUAAAUUUAUUGCAUCUGAACCCUCAUAAGCUUUCUUGAAUUAAUAGCAGCUGUUAUAAAUGCAGAAGGACAGCAGGAAAUCCACACUGAAGUUGAAUUGACACCCUCUCAGGAUCUCAAAGCCUAACACAGCUUUCCCAGAAGCAGUCUUCAGGAAUAAUAAGGUAGAUUAUUCUUUAUCCUUUAUCCAUGUCUCUGUUUGUACAGCUGUUGUUAGAAUAUCUUCCUUGUAGCUUGAUCUAAACAAACCAUACAGGGAAGAAGUUACCAUUUGCUUUGAGUCAAGCUUGUCAAAGGAGACAUCACCUUCUACCCUACAUUUAUUUGAUUUAAAUGAAGCCAAAUCAGGUGAAAACUUGAUUAUUUUAACUCCUGUUUAUCAGAUCUCCUUUGCCCUAGUCUAAUAAAGUCUGUAAUGUUCAAGUUGACUGAACAGCUGUCUAGCAGGACCCCAAGCCUUCCAACUACAAGAGUAAGAGAUGAGAAGUUCAGGGACAGGAAUACCAAGAAGGAUGAGGAGAUCUAAAUUUCAACUGGAUUUGGAGAUUAGUUUUGCCAUCACAUCUUCAGAAGCCUGUUCCAACCACAGACGUUUCUUUGGGGCAAAACUGAGGCUCAUUCCUAACUUACCAUCCAUAGGAUUCUAUAACAAGUUAGGAUAAUGUCAAAAUGACAGCAUGUGUGUCGUGACAUCCUUGUACAAAUGACAAAAUAAUGUGCAUGCUUCCUUACAUCAGCCUUGACCCUCCUGCUGAUGUACGUGCUACCAUCUAGAUUGCUUCUCAACCUCAGCAACUUUAAGAUGUGUGGACUUCAACUCUCAGAAUUUCCCAGCCAGUUGAAGUCCACACAUCUUAAAGUUGCUGAGGUUGAGAACCAGUGAUCUAGAUGUGGACGACGACAAUGAUGAUGAUGAUCUAACAAAGCCCACAACUUUAUAUAUCAGUCUUCUCCAUCUUCAUAUGCUCCAUAUGUUUGUAUUCUUGUUCUAUUGAGGGGGUUAUUCAAACCUCAGUUAAGAAGAUUAAGAGUGUAUGCAGGCGAAGAUAUAUAAGCAACGCAGAAGUUUGACAAUCAAACUUCAGUGCAAAAUGCGGUUGCUAGAAUGUUUAAAUGUGCUCGAGUCACUGUGCUCCUAUGUUAAAUUUCCCAGCUAUGCUCCAGCUGUCAAGCUCCUGGGUUUGCAUGUCUGCUUGCAACCAAAACAUUUGGCCCCUUUUCAUUCUGCAAGUCUCCGCAUCUAGAGAGUUUCUCCUAUAUUAAAGAAACUGGCAAACUAUGUAGUCCUAGGAUGAAUUCCUGGAACUGGCAUGGUGUAUAAUCCUCAGAGAAUAAAUAAUAGAAUGAAUAAAUAAAAUGGCAUUUUUAGAAUUCUCCCGUGGUGGCAAAAGGUACCCUCCCCCAUUCACAUGUGAAGGGCAUGCACUACCAAACCUAUGACGACCCCCCCCCCCACCCUAUACAUGUGAACUGCUUAAAGGGCCCUCGUAAGAAAACACAGCAAGCUGAAUUGACUCUGAGGGGCAACGGGGAGGAGUCAGACAGGGACCAGUGGCCUGGUAAAGCAAAGUGUUUAUAUUCACUGGCCAUAUCUCCAAGACCUAAUAGGAAGGGAUAAAUAAUAAGAAGGUCACCCAAAUGGGUUUAUCAAAAACAUUCCAGUGUCAUGCUGUGAUUUCCACUGUAUCUGCCUUUGUCUUGCCUUUGCAAUGUAGUGGGCCAGAGGUAUAUAAGCUCUGGUUCUGCAUUUGCUCAGGGCUGUUCAGCAAGUUGCCAAUGCUUUGCUAGGAGUCCGGGUUACACUGUUGUUUGCAUGCUUAAUAAAUUUAUGUUGGAUCUUCAAAGUGAUUUGGUUGUUUUAGGUGAGCCAGGUUCUGGCUACAAUACUUCCUAUGGCUUUCCCUCAACCUAGAGGUCUCUAGUUUUGUUGACAUGAGCCAUCCUGACUUAGAAUUUUGUGAAUUUCAGCCCCAAUACAUGGGCAAGCACCAGGAUCCAUUGCCAGUUUUUUUUGAUAAAAAUAUAAGCUUAUCUAUGUGAUUAAUAUGUGUUUCUAAUACACAUUAAUCUAAUUGCCCAAAUCUUUGAAGGAAUUAAAGGAAGAUACAAGAAAGUAUAAACCGGUCAGAUUAUUUUACAUUCUGAGUAAAUGUAGAAGUUUACUAACAGUGAUCUGGAGUUAGAUGACCAAAUGGGAAUCUGAACUAGCAGUGACCGAACAGCGAAGACAUAUCUUGGAGUCAUGGUGGACAAUCCAGUGAAAAUGUCAACCAAGUGUUUAGCUGCUGUUUAAAAAAGAAGGCAAAUUACAAGCUUGGGAUCGUUAGGAAGAGAAUUGGAUGUAAAAUUAACAAUAUAGGAAAUGCCCUUAUAUAAACUUAUGGGGGAGAGCAAACUUGGAGAACCAUGUAUUGUUUUGGUCACCACAUGUGAAAAGGAGUAUUGUAGAGGGAGAAAAAGUGCAAAGAAAGGUUUUCAAAAUGACUAAGGGCUUAGAUCAAUACCCCUCUGAAGAAAGACUAUAUUGUUUUUUGUUGUUGUUUUUUACCUUGGAGUAAAAUUGGGUAAAGGGGGAUAGGACAGAGGUAUAUAAAAUCAAACAUGACAUGGAAAAUGUAGCUGGAGGGACACACUGUCCUCCUUUCAAGGCUGGAACCUAGGAUCAUUGCUGCCUCUAAAUGGAGAUUCCAAACCAAAAAAAGAAAGCCCAUCUUCAUAUAAUGCAUAGAUGAACUGCCAUUCCUUGGGUAAUGGCCACCAGUCCAGACCAUUUUAAAGGGCACUGGCCAAAUUCAUUGACUUGCAGGCUCCAUGUGGCUCUGAUGACAGUUUGCUAUCUCCAAAAUCAUGACUGGCAUGCCUAUUGGGGAGCAACAGUGGAGAUGAUCUACUGUCUUCCUACCCAUGUUUGAGAACUCCCCAAAAGCAUCUAGCUGGCUCAUGUGUAACAUAAAAUGCUGGCUUAGAUACAUCCUUGACCUGUUCCAUUAGGGUUGUUCUUACGUUCUUCUGUCAGAACUUCAGAAUGGUACCUUUCUCCUGUCUAAGAUUCUGGCCAAUGAGAGCCAAGAAUAUUUCCUGUUUCCCCUCCAGCUUGUCCCAUUGGGUGAUUUAAGACAAUGGGGAAGCUCACUACAAAUCAGAUUGCUUGGUCUGUUUUAGAAGCCUGGCUUCUAGGAAGCCCUAGAAUGUCAUUGUGUACCGGUUAAAUCUAUGUGGUUACAAAGUAUGGAAAAAAGGCAAUUCAACAAGGAUGGAGGUUCAGAGAAAAUGUACAGUAAAGAUCCAGGUUCAGACAAAAGAACCCCUAGAGAAUUUGGUAUGGAGAAAAAAGGCAACAACUCUUACCUGGCCCUUAAAGCAGCUCUCCUGAUUCAGCGGUGGUAUCGGCGCUAUACAGCCCGGCUUGAAAUGCGUCGGAGAUGCACCUGGCGCAUCUUUCAAUCCAUAGAAUAUUCAGGGGAACAGGACCAUCUCAAGCUCAACCAUUUCUUUGACUAUCUUAUAGAGAACAUCACACCAAGAAGCAAGAAAGACAGGGAGUUCAUUAACCGUAUACUGUUGGAGCCAGAAACUAUGAAAGAGAGCAGGCUGGAAAAAUCAGUGGAAUCUACGACGGUACCUGACAGUUACAAGGGCCCUCGUCUUAGCUUCCCUCUCACGCCGGACAAUGCAGUAGCCAUCCUGGAAGCCUUCAGAAACAAUCAACAGCUUCAUCCUUACUAUGUUCUAAAACUCUUCCGAGAGGCAGAACAGCAUCUCAGCCAGCUGCCAAAUAUCACCAGCAUCUCUACCUGCUACAGCGAGGAGAUCACCGUGUGUGGAGACUUACAUGGGCAAUUAUUCGACUUAUAUCACAUAUUUUAUAAGAAUGGACUUCCUUCUCCGCAGAGGUCUUAUGUCUUCAAUGGUGACUUUGUUGACAGAGGCAAGCAUUCCAUUGAGAUCCUGAUCAUUCUCUUUGUUUUCCUCUUGAUUUACCCCAAAGAGGUCCAUCUGAACCGAGGAAACCAUGAGGAUUACAUGAUCAAUUUCCGCUACGGGCUUGUCAAGGAAGUCACACGCAAAUACAAGUAUCAUGGUAAUAGAAUUCUGAAGGCGCUCAAGAACGUCUUUAGCAGCCUGCCAUUGGGAACCCUGAUUGACAAGAAAGUUCUGAUUGUACAUGGAGGAGUGUCAGAUAAGACUAAUUUGGAACAGCUAGCCAAGAUUGAGAGGUGUAAGAUUCUCUCUGUGUUAACACCAAAGAGAAGAAAGACUCUGGAUUCUAUUGAAUUUGAAAGUGGCAAACUUGCCAGGGGUAUUUCUCCAACGGCACCUGAGCUCUCCCAGCAGGGACAACAGACAGUCCAGGAAGAUUUGAAAAUCUCCCGCAAAUCAUCUAGAACCCGCAGAUCCUCAGGAGCCAGUUCAGCAUGGGAAUUGGGUGAGACCUCCAGUGAGCACUCAAGCUUUAAAGAUGAGGACAUUCAACAAGUUUUGGAUAUUUUGUGGAGCGACCCUGAUCCUAAGCAGGGAUGCAGAAUGAAUGCAGAAAGGGGUGGAGGCUGUUACUUUGGACCUGAUGUGACGGAGAUGUUUCUGCGGAAACAUGGCCUGCAGUUCAUCAUCCGCUCUCAUGAAUGUAAGCCAGAGGGUUUUGAGUUCUGCCACAAUCGAAAGGUCAUCACCAUAUUUUCAGCUUCAAACUAUUACGCAGUGGGCAGUAACCGGGGUGCCUAUAUCAAAUUGGGACCUGACCUCAUCCCUCAUUUUGUCCAGUUUCAAGCCACCAAAGGACUAUCACGUCAACUGACCAUGACUCAAAGGGUCAGCCGAGUGGAGGAGUCAGCCUACCAAAUUUUAAGGGAGAAAUUGUUUGCCUACAGGUCAGAACUCACCAUAGCUUUCAGGAGCUUUGAUAAGAAGAACACAGGCUUCAUCACUCUAAAUGACUGGGCAAAAGCCAUAGAGUCUGUCCUCCCUCUGGGACUGCCAUGGCGGAUGCUGAGGCCACACCUGGUACUGCAGCUGACCAACGGGAAGCUGGAAUACAGGACGUGGCUCAAAGACAUUGUGACGGAAACGCGAUCCUCCACCCAAGAGCGCCUUCAGUCGAGUUUGCUGGAAAGCAUUUACCGAAACUUAUCCAAUCUGGAGACUAUCUUCAGCAUCAUCGACACUGAUAAUUCAGCAUUUUAUAGUAACCCAGCAGAGGCAAGAACAAUGCUGUUGCUGAUUUUAUAGAGAAUCAUAGAAUUAGAAGAGGGUCCUAUGGCCAUCAAGUCCAACCCCUCAGCUCAGUUCAGAAAUCCAAAUUGAAAGCAUCCUGACCAAUGACUGAUCUCUGGAAAUCAAUGCAGGGGAGCAAGUGGGGAAAUUCUGUCCUACAUCUCCAACUGAGGGUGAGUUUAAGGACAUGAAUGUGCGUAAGGAAAGGGUUUAGAAUGGUAGAAUUGGAAGAUGUGGGAGAAACUCAAGGCAGCUCAACCAGAGGCUGUUAGGCCACUAAAUUUUGGGAUUACAUAGUGGCUGCAGUCUGGAAGAUCUGAGAGCUGUAUGGCAAGCUGAAGAUGAGUGAACUUGAGCCAGAGCACAUCAUUAGAGGCUGAGCCACAGAGCAUGGAGGCUGUUGGAGGGGUGAAAAAGAGAUUGUGCAGCUGCUGGAGAAGGAAGCAGUGAGAUUAGUGGCUGAGACCACAGAAGAGAACCUCUUGGUGUUAUACUGCAGAACAAUGUGGGCAGCAGAUUCAGUGCCAGGACCUUUGAGAUGAGAGCCUUGGGGCCUCUGGCAUCUGCAGCUGCUUGGAUGUAAAGAAGAUGACCUUGAUGGAGAUAUGCAAGAUCCGUUGCUAGCGGUGAAAAUAUUUCAAGUCCACAACAGACAGAUAAGAUUUGGAAGUGGUUCAGGCAGACACUUCUCUAAUUCACUGAAUUAUAAGGAGCAGGAGAGCAGUACAAGAACAACACACCUAGUUUGUCCCUCAAGUCCAACCACACGAACAGGACUUCACAUCUGCUUACCUGCUGAUUUCUAACCUUCUGUUUUUAGGAAGUCUUGUCAAGAGUAGGGUGGGGCGGCAAUUUCAGAGAAUCCUGGAAGAAGUGGAUUGUCUGGAGCCUUUUGCAUCCAGA